GGCUGACCCUGGACGAGAAGGUGUCCCAGCUUGUGAACACAGCGACCGCGGUGCCCAGGCUCGGCAUCCCGGCGUACGAGUGGUGGUCGGAGGCGCUGCACGGGGUUGCCUUCAUCGACGGGGUGCCGCAGGGGAUGAGGUUUAAUGGGGCGGUUCGGUCCGCCACCAGUUUCCCGCAAGUCAUUCUCACUGCUUCCAGUUUCGAUGCGCAGCUGUGGUACCGCAUUGGCCAGUACUCACCUGCCCUCCUCUGAGUCGACUCAGCCUCCAUUCGCAUGUGAUUCGUCAAACCCACAAACCAUAUCUUACCCAUUUUGCCAAACCACUCUGCCCAUUUCCCAGCGAGCCCAAGACCUCGUGUCUCGUCUCACCCUCGACGAAAAGGCCACCCAACUCGUUGACUCGGCAGCAUCGAUUCCUCGACUCAGUGUCCCCGCCUACGAGUGGUGGUCGGAGGCGUUGCACGGUGUUUCCAGGCACGGCAGGGGCGUCCAUUUUGCCGGCACUGUCCGUUCCGCCACCAGCUUCCCUCAAAUCAUUCUCACUGCUUCUGCCUUCGAUGAUAAUCUUUGGUUUCGUAUCGCUCAGGCAAUUGGGAGGGAGGCAAGAGGGGUGUACAACGAAGGGCAAGCCACAGGGAUGACAUUUUGGGCGCCAAACAUAAACAUUUUCAGGGACCCGCGUUGGGGCAGAGGGCAGGAGACCCCCGGUGAAGACCCCCUGGUUUCGGGCAGGUACGCGGUUUCCUACGUUAGGGGAAUCCAAGGGGACAGCUUUGAAGGCGGGCAGCUCAAGGACGGGCACCUUCAAGCCUCGGCUUGUUGCAAGCAUUUUACUGCCUACGAUUUGGAUAACUGGAAUGGGAUUGAUCGGUUCCGGUUUAAUGCUAUUGUAACGAAGCAGGACUUGGCAGAUACAUACCAGCCACCAUUCCGAAGCUGUGUUGAGAAAGGGAGAGCCAGUGGGAUAAUGUGUGCCUAUAACCAGGUCAAUGGGGUCCCUAACUGCGCUGAUUACGAUCUCCUCUCCAAUACAGCUCGCGGCCUUUGGGGUUUCCAAGGGUACAUCACGUCGGACUGUGAUGCGGUACAGGUCAUUCAUGAUAAUCAAGGAUACGCCAAAUCACCAGAAGAUGCGGUUGCUGAUGUUCUUAAAGCUGGCAUGGACAUCGACUGCGGUUCCUACUUGAAGAACUACACCAAAUCGGCCGUUGAACAACAGAAACUGCUUGUGUCCGACAUAGACAGAGCCCUCCAAAACCUCUUCUCAGUUCGAAUGCGGUUAGGCCUCUUCAACGGCAACCCAACAACCCUCCUUUUUGGUAACAUAACCGCAAACAAUGUCUGCACCCAAGACCACCAGUCUCUAGCCUUAGAAGCUGCCAGAAACGGCAUCGUCCUCUUGAAAAACCUCAACAAACUCCUGCCCCUUCAAAAGGCCAAAACUCCCUCUCUCGCCAUUAUAGGCCCCAACGCCAAUGCCUAUGAGACCCUACUCGGAAACUACGAGGGCCCCCCGUGUAAAAAAACUUCCGCCCUGCAGGCCUUCCAAGGGUACGUUCAGAACACUGUUUAUCAAUCGGGUUGUGACAACGUUAGCUGUGGUUCUGCGGAUAUAGGGAAGGCGGUGGAGAUUGCAAAAGGGGCGGAGUAUGUGGUUUUAGUAAUGGGGUUGGACCAGAGUCAGGAGAGGGAGUAUAGGGAUCGGGACGAUUUGUUGUUACCUGGGAUGCAACAGAGUUUGAUUCAGAGUGUUGCCAAGGUUGCUAAGAAUCCAGUUGUAUUGGUUUUGUUUUGCGGGGGUCCGGUUGAUGUUACUUUUGCCAAGGAGGAUCCAAAAGUUGGAAGUAUGGUAUGGGCCGGAUAUCCAGGUGAAGCGGGUGGGGUUGCUCUAGCACAGAUCAUCUUUGGUGACCACAACCCAGGUGGAAAACUGCCAAUCACUUGGUAUCCAAACGAUUUCGUCAAAGUACCGAUGACAGACAUGAGGAUGCGACCCGAUCAAUCAUCUGGCUACCCAGGACGCACAUACAGGUUCUACAAUGGCAAAAAAGUUUUCGAAUUUGGCUAUGGCCUUAGCUACACAACAUUUACUUAUAACUUCGUCUCGGUUUCCCAAAAGAAGCUCCACUUGAACCAACUAUCAACUACUGCUAAGGUAGUUCAAGAUUCGAAUUCGGUUCACUACUUGUCAGUUUCCGACUUGGGCUCAGAAAACUGCGAAAAGGCGAAGUACUCGGCUGUUGUUGGAGUGAAAAAUGAAGGGGAGAUGGAUGGGAAGCACCCGGUGUUGGUGUUUAUCGGGAGGGAAAAUGCGAGAAAAGGGAGUCCGGUGAAACAGUUGGUCGGAUUUCAUAGCGUGAGGUUGAAGGCGGGGGAGAGAGCAGAGGUUGAGUUUGAGUUGAAACCAUGUGAGCAUUUUAGCAGAGCUAAUGAAGAUGGGUUGAUGGUGAUUGAAGAAGGGAAUCAUUAUCUGCUUGUUGGAGAAGAGAAGUAUACCAUUGCUGUUGAAGUUUGAUUAUGAGUUUUUUUUGGAUCUUCAAAUAGAAAGCCAAAUUUUAUCACUGUUUUCACAUUGAAUGUUGUAGGCCUUUUUAACUGUUACCGGAAUUCAAGUCAAAAGUUGGCUAUGAGAAAUGAAAGGCUGUCUCUAUUCCCAACAGCAGUUUAAAUAA